AAGGUAUAAAGCAUGAAACAAAAGGAAGACCACGCCCCACUUGGAAAACAUUAUGAAUAUAAUAAAAAGGAAUAAUUAAAAUAAGAGAACGUUAGUCGGUUGGAAUAAAGGUUUUCGUUUUCUUGGUCUCCAAGUCUGUUUCGGAAAAUCUAUAUAAACCUAAAGAGAGCCUCUUUCCAUACACAAAAAUAUUUUUCUCCGCAAGCAAUUUGAAUUGCUGUUCGUAAUUUUUAAGCAAUUUCAAUCCGCUCUCGUCUUCUUGCUUUUGAAGAAUAAGUGGUUCGCCGUCUUGAACCAUCGGCGUUUUCGUGGUUGUUCGUUCGUCCGGAUUUGAAACCCUAGCUUCGAGUGCCGAUUGAAGAUUCUUUGAUUUAGCUGAUAGAAAGGCUCUGCUUCUUUAGUGUUGUUUUGGUACAAAUUUACUCUCUGUUUGUAUUCAAUAUUUGAUUAGGCCUGUUGUUGUGUUGUAUUCUUGAUAGAAUUAUUCAGUUAUGGCUGUGUAUUUCAAGUAUAAAUGUGCUAAACAUUAUGAUUCUAUUCCAAUUGUCGAUUCAUUUAUUUCUGUUGGGAAUCUCAAAUUAAAAAUAUUUGAAUCUAAGCGCUAUGGUAGGGGUAAAGAUUUUGAUCUUCUUAUUACCAAUUCACAAAGUAACCAGCAUUAUGUUGAUGAAACCACUCUGAUUCCUAAAAAUACAAGUGUUUUGAUUCGUCGUAUUCCUGGGCUACCUCUCUUGCCCGUAGUAAUUCCAUCCCUUACUGAGUCAAAACAAGUGUAUGAAGAGGAGGGUCAUGACUCAGUUUCAGCCAAAUAUUGUUCUGUGGAUUUUGAAUGCGAUGAUUUUGGGGAUGAUGUAUAUGCAAUUCCAAAAAUAUUGCCUAUUCAAUCAGGUAAUCCUGUACCAAGUGCCCACACUAGUAGUAUAAAUGAUGAGGACACUAAGAUCAAGAAUCUAAUUCAUAGUCCAGACUUUGGGCAGUCCUCUAAUGGCUAUGGUUUUAGUCGAGGUGGAAUGGAAUGGAAAAGGCCACCACCUGGAUACGUGUGUCAUCGAUGCAAUGUUCCUGGACAUUAUAUUCAGCACUGCCCUACAAAUGGUGACCCCAAUUACGACAUGAAGAAAGUGAAUCCUCUAACGAAGUCCAUGUUGAUGGCAACCCCAAGUGGCAAUGUUGGAGUUUCAAAGGCUGUUGAAGGGUUGUCGUCUGCCUCUUCUUCCUCGACAAAGAGUUCCUUUAGAGAUAUACCACCAGAGCUUCAUUGCCCAUUGUGUAAAGGAUUAAUGAAAGAUGCAGUUAUAGCUAGCAAAUGUUGUUUUAGUAGUUUCUGCGAUAAAUGCAUAAGGAAUCAUAUCAUCUCUAACUCUGUUUGUGUAUGUGGGGCUGGAAAUAUACUUGUUGAUGCCCUCUUGCCUAACAUCACUCUAAGGGUCACAAUAAACAGAAUCUUGGAGUCCAGUAACAGUAGUUCAGAGCACGGGGUUAGUGCUCCUCUUCCUCGAGUUCUAGAUAUGGUGUCAGCACAUAAUACCCAUCCUAAACUUUCAUUCUCAACAGAGUCGUCUGCAGCUUUGAAGGUAGUAGAGGUAUCAAAGACUUCAGCAAAGUGUCCACUAGUUGUCGAUGAACUGCAGCAAAACCCCACAGCUGGGGAAGCAGUAAAGAUGAAGAAAAGGAAGAAGCCAUGUGAUGUUGAUGUUGAAAACACGAAAUGGGGAGCUGCUGAGAGUAACAUGUUGAAUAUGAACCCUACCACUUAUCAUCCUACUUAUAGCACAAGCAUACAAUACAUGAGCAAUGGCCAUCAUGUCUUACCAGAAGAAUCAUUUAGAGGACAGUAUGUUGAAACUCGAAAAGCAGGUUUUAAAAGAAAGCGCGAGAUGAGCACUGAUCAGUUUCCUAGUGUAGUUAGUUGUUGAGGGAUGAAAACAUUUCACAUUCUUUAAUAGACAUG